AUGUCGCCGGCAACUUUGAUCCCCGAAACAGAGGCCGACUCGACUGUUGCUGCUUUGAGAAGCACUCUCUGCUCCGAGACUGCACCUCUUGCCAAACGGUUUCGUGCUCUCUUCUCUCUCAAGCAUGUUGCGGCGCAAAGCCCAGCAACCCCACAGACAGUUCCGGCGAUCGAAGCAAUCGCUGCUGCCCUUACAUCACCAUCUGCUCUGCUGAAGCAUGAGUUGGCUUACUGCCUCGGUCAAUCUGGCAAAGAAGAGGCAGUUCCUUUUUUGAGACAGGUCAUCGAAGACAGGCAGGAAGAUGCAAUGUGCAGGCACGAGGCUGCCGAGGCGAUUGCUGCACUGGGAGACAAGACUAGUCUGCAGCUGUUGAAGGAAAGGCGAGACGAUCCUACGGAAGAAGAAGUCGUGCGUGAGACAUGUGAGAUUGCUGUAGAGAGCAUUGAGUGGCAAUACUCAGAGAGCAGGAUACAAGAAAAGCUGAAGCAGAGCGACUUUUCAUCAAUCGAUCCAGCGCCUCCCAUGGCCGCCGAAAGCGAAAAACCAUCCAUCCCCGAGCUCGAGCACACACUGCUUGACACUUCACUCCCGCUAUUCAAGCGCUACCGAGCCAUGUUUGCACUGCGAGAUCUUUCAUCCCCACCUGACCUCCCUACUGCGGUCCCCGCAAUCCAUGCUCUCGCCGCUGGCUUCAAGGAUCCUUCCGCGCUCUUCCGCCAUGAAAUUGCCUUCGUGUUUGGACAGCUCUCGCACCCGGCAUCAAUCCCGAGCUUGACCGAGGCUUUGAGCAAUGUGGAGGAAGCCAGCAUGGUUCGGCAUGAGGCUGCAGAGGCCCUUGGCAGCCUGGGUGAUGAAGACGGUGUCGAGGAUACUUUGAAGAAGUUUUUGAAUGAUCCAGAGCAGGUGGUCCGAGACAGCAUCAUCGUAGCAUUGGAUAUGGCAGAGUUCGAGCGGAGCGGCGAGACUGAGUAUGCCACCAUUCCGGUGGCUACAGCAGCAUGA